AUGACGGCAAUCCCAAUCCCCACCCCAACCCAACGCCCAUACGCAAUCCCAAUCGACAUGCAAUCGCAAUCCCCCUUCAGCUACCCAGACUCCACCUACUCCUCCUCCUACUCCUCCACUUCCUCCCCAGGAACAAUGGACUUCUUCUUCUACGACACCCAACCCCUCUACAACAUCGACACAACCACCUACCCAAUGACAGACCUCCCAGAAGUCUACUCCAUCACCAGCUCCCCAUACACCUACCAAACACAAACACAAGACUACCCCCCACCAACCUUCGACCAAUACCCAACCCAAAGCGCACCCAGCAGCUGCGGCAGCAGCUACAGCAGCAACUUCACCUUCCCAUCCGAGGACCUCUCUCUCCCCUCCUACCCACACGGACUCGGCUACGACUCCGCUCCGGACUCACCAGCCCCAUCUACAUCAACCUCUGCCUCGACAUGCGCAUCUGCCUAUACAUCCACAUCUAGAACCUCCAAACCCUUCGGCUGCGACAACUGCGGCAAGUCCUUCACCCGCUUUGCAGACCUGAAGCGCCACCAGUCUAGCGUGCAUUACCCGGUUUUUCGUAAUUGUCCGGUUGAUCAGUGCUCGCGGAAGGGCAGUAAUGGGUUUCCGAGACAGGAUCAUCUUGUUGAGCAUUUGCGGUCGUAUCAUCAUCUUCAUGUGCCGAAGCGCGGGGGUUGUAAGCGGUCUGCGAAGGAGAUUUCCUGA